AGAAAGGUCAAAACCCUAAUGUAGACACACUCCUUGUCUUUAUUUCUUCUAACAUCAGUUUCAGGCUUCUUCAGCAUGCUCACCCUCUAACGCCUGAGCUCAAUCUAUUUCGCCGUCGCUGCAACGUUCUCAGCUUCGAUCAUCUACACUGUGCCCACUAUUAACAUCACCGCCUCCAGCUGAUCUUCCGAUUGAAUUCAAAAAUCUAGUUGGUUUUGCAUUGAAAGAUGGCAGCUUUGAAAGGUUACGGCUUGAUCUCCAUCGACUCUGCCCUCCAUUUCCCUCGCCCACAUCAAUUCGAGGGCUACAAGAGAAGGAAUCUUAAAUGGGUCUCUCCAAAAGCAGCUGUAGUACCUAACUUCCAUCUCCCAAUGCGCAGUCUCGAAGACAAAAACAGGACGAACACAGAAGACAUAAGGUCCCUCAAAGUGAUCACAGCCAUCAAAACCCCAUAUCUCCCCGACGGAAGAUUCGACCUCGAAGCAUACGACGAGCUAGUCAACACCCAAAUAAUCAAAGGCGCAGAAGGCGUGAUCGUCGGCGGAACAACCGGCGAAGGCCAGCUGAUGAGCUGGGACGAACACAUAAUGCUCAUAGGCCACACCGUGAACUGCUUCGGCGCGAGAAUCAAAGUCAUUGGGAACACCGGAAGCAACUCAACAAGAGAAGCCAUCCACGCCACCGAGCAAGGGUUCGCCGUGGGGAUGCACGCUGCUCUCCACAUCAACCCUUACUACGGCAAAACAUCUAUAGAAGGCAUGACUGCUCACUUUCAAACCGUUCUUCACAUGGGACCGACGAUUAUAUACAAUGUACCUGGUCGAACGAAUCAAGACAUACCUCCACAGGUUAUCUUUAAGCUCUCUGGGAAUGUUAACUUGGCUGGUGUUAAGGAGUGUGUGGGUAAUGAUAGAGUUGAGGAGUAUACUGAGAAGGGUAUUGUUGUGUGGAGUGGGAAUGAUGAUCAGUGCCAUGACUCUAGGUGGGAUCAUGGAGCUACUGGUGUUAUAUCGGUUGUUAGCAACUUGGUUCCGGGGUUGGUGAGGAAGUUAAUGUUUGAAGGGAGAGACUCUGCGUUGAACGCGAAGCUUCUGCCUUUAGUGGAUUGGGUGUUCCAAGAACCGAAUCCUAUUGGGGUGAACACAGCUUUGGCGCAGCUAGGAGUUGCUAGACCGGUGUUUAGGCUGCCUUAUGUGCCGUUGCCUGUGUCCAAAAGGGUUGAGUUUGUUAAGCUGGUGGAGGAGAUUGGGAGGGAGCAUUUUGUGGGGGAGAGAGAUGUUCAGGUGCUUGAUGAUGAUGACUUCAUUUUAAUCGGCAGGUAUUAGAUAUACCUUGGUUCUGUUUAUAGUUCUCUUUGGAUGAUGAGAAACUUACAGAUGGAUCAUGUAGUUGCUAUGUUUUCUUGCUUUUGUGAUAAAUCUGGUUGUUUUUUUUUUUACUUACUAUCUGUUAUAUGGGGAUGAUUCUGUUUUUUUGUA